GAGCCACUUUUCAGAGAUGACAUCGCCGUGUGGGCGUAACAUGCCAGAAAGUGCAGGCGCAUCAGCGUCACAACAAAAGUGGUCCGUGGAGCAGGCGGACUAGUGAAACUACAAACAGAUUUGAUUCAGUUUACAUUUGAGACUGCAUUUGUCAGUCUUUUACUUUGUUCAUUCCACUCGGUAGUUACGAGGCGACAUCGCAAUGGCUUUGAACAAGAACAAUUCUGAAUCCGGAGGCGUCAUUAUCACCAACAGUGAAAGUGUGUUGAUGAGCUAUGAGAACGUGGAGCUGGUAUUCUGUGAAGCAGAGUGCCUGCCUGAUGCCUUCAGGAAGAGUAAGAAGGGGAGCAUCUUCCUGACUCCCUACAGGGUGAUCUUUGUGGCGAAGGGGGGUCAUGAUGCUCUGCAAUCCUUCAUGAUGCCUUUCUACCUGAUGAAGGGCUGUGAGGUCAAACAGCCUGUCCUGGGGGCCAACUACAUCAAAGGCACAGUCAGCGCAGAGCCCGGAGGAGGCUGGGAGGGCUGUGCCACCUUUAAGCUGGUGUUUGCGGCUGGAGGAGCCAUAGAGUUUGGACAGUACAUGUUACAGGUCGCUGCACAAGCGUCCAGAGGGCAGCCUGUGAGUGUUGGCUUUGGGGGCUGUCCCUACAUGGCCAACGGGGCAUAUGCCUACCCUCCUCCCCCAGCCAAUGGGUACCCGGCGGGACCCCCACCUGGGUACUCCUACCCCAACCCCCCUCCACCAGAUGCAUUCUACCCCAACCCUGCAGUGUUUGAUGGCCCUGCGGCCUACAUGCCCCCUCCUCCCUACUCCGCCCCCCUGGGACAGCAGCCCCCCCACGACCCCGACCUGCCCUCCACACCUGCAGCCGAGGCAAAGGCAGCAGAGGCAGCAGCCAGUGCCAGCUGUGCCACACUCCCUCCCACCUACCUACCACAGGACAAACCUCCCCCCUACUCUCCUACUGAGGACAAGAAGACCCAGUAGAGCACCUGUAUCUCAGCUCCCACUCCUCCUUCACACAACCUGUUCCCUCCACCCCUAUGAUGUCUUCCUCUUCCUUUCUCUUCUACCAACCCCUUCUUUUGGUCUCUCUCCUCUUUGUCUACUUUGCUCCCUUUGAAUCCCUCCCAGCUUUCUCCAGCUUGUGUACAGGCAGUUCCCUUCUACCUGAAUUCCACUAAACAAUUCUAUCAUACCCAGGUGACUUUAACUAAACAGUGUAACUUACAGCUCUUCUAGAGUGGUUGAUGAUAUGAUUGUAGCUUGUUUGGGCCAAAGCUGUCAGGAAACAGGGGAAUAUUAGGUUAAGACUGAGGUGAUGUUUAGUACUAGUCUUGGGUACCUUCCUUUUUCUGUAUUAGCAAACCCUACAUUUUCUUGCUAGACAUGACAAUGGCAUGUUGGCUGAAGCAGAAACGGGCAGGCUCAAGGUUUAGCAGGUUGUUUUGGUGAGAAGCUGAUUUAUUUUCUAAGACGACCUAUCAAACUGGACUGAAUGAAGUGAUUUCUGUGCUAAUCUAUCCAGUGGCUAGCGAAAGGCUGUAUUGUUGAUUUAAAAAAAAUGUUAUUUAUUAUUUGUCUGUACAGGAUUUUAAUGUGACUACUUAAAUAUGAGAGGAUAGGAGUAGAUCAUUGGACCAGGUCUCUGUUGAAAAAUAAAUAUUAUUGCAAUGAGACUAAACUGAAUAAAAAAAAAAGGUUAAAUACAGAA